CCAGCUCGGGAGCUUUCCAUGUCAUGCUGCUCGUCGCUGCUGGUGCUAGUGGAGCCCGUCAACUUUGCUUGGUCGGAAAUUGGGUUCUAGGGGGGUCCGCAGGAUGAAGACAUCAGAGCUUUAUCCGGGGGUGACGUGGAUGCUGCCUCUCACCUUGAGCUGGCUCGGUGGCUCAAUGCCGAGUGCUGGUUUGUUGAUUGCGCUCCAAAUUGUGCUCUCAAUUGUGCUCUCCUCUCCUCUCCUCGUCGUGUCCCAUAUUCUGGCCUGUUCGAGAAGAGUUUUGAUUGAGGUGGAGGAUGGGGAGUUUUGCUGGGGUUUAUGCCCAGACGCCAAGGGGAUGAGGGUCAACUUCCACGUUGGUUAAAGAUUCCGAGGCGUCGUUGGAUUUAGGAGUAAACGCGGCGGGCGUUCAUAGGUCUCGACCUCGUUGAUGCAAAUUAGAGCAUGGUUCUGGCCGGACGUUAGCUCCGCGCAGCAUUCGUAUAGGCAAAGGUCACAAAAUGCACGCACUAAAGUUGCCCACAUUUGUAGAGCUGCAAUCAGGUGUUUCAAUUUCGAAGUCUCCACUUCGUGCCAGUGGGAAUUCCGCCCUUGCAUGUUCUACUGGAAGCGAGUUUUAUGCCAGAAGAAAUUUCCGGUUACAGCUUGAGAAGUCGUCGUUUAUUCGCACUUAUGCUAAAUUUAGAGCUCCAAUAUCAGUAUCAAGACUCCGGGAACCGGAGAGUCCUGUGACGCGGGCUCUUGCAAAAGAUGACAGCUCUAAAAGAUUAGAUUUCAGAAACUCAUUAGCGACUUCCGACGAUCAAGAAUUAGGAUCCUCCGAAAAUGACGAAAAGUAUGCAGUGGGGCAGCAUGUUAAGUCGAAACUGUGUGCAAUUGGACUUAGUAUGUUGUUUCUCUACGCACCUGAACUUGUGUAUACCAACAUUGCAGAAGCCUCUCAACUCGAGAGGCUUGGGCAGAUUAGACAAGCUGGCCAGAUAUUUGAACGAGCAGUUGAGGGCCUAAGCAAGAUUCGCUUCGAUGGAGAGGCAGGAGUUCAAGUGCUCGACAAAGCACUGACUGUCGUGACCGGCUCAACCAUUGUUGAUCCAGAAGUUUUGGACCAAAAGGUGGAAGCUUUCAUCAGGGGCGAGACCGACAUCCCGGAGGAGCUGAGGAAGACUGUAACGGAAACCUUGCAGGGUUCAUGGUCGAACUUGAUCGAUGUGGUCACUAACUUCAAUCCUGGUGCUUGGUCCGAGUCUGCGGGAGCAAGCAUUCAAACCUUUCUUGAGGCUGGACUGGAGAGAUUUGCAGCUUUUGAAAUUUCAGCGUUGGUGACUUUAGGUGAGAGGUGGCUUAUAUUGACACCUCUGGUUGUUCUUCCAAUGGCUUGGCAAAUGAAGAGGAACAAGGAUAAGUCGGAUGAGCGCGCGAGAGAAGACCAGAUUAAAUCAGACGAGAUCAGCGCGGAAGCCCAAGUCAGAGGUGAGAGAGUUAAGCGGGAGCUAGAGCGAAUUGAGCUGAGAAUGCUUCUGCUUGAUGCAGUCAACUCGUUGGGUGAGAUGGCCUUACAGCCACCACGGAUAAGGGGAGAGUCGGGGCUGAUAAGAAGACGGAUACAGGAAAUUCUCGAGAGGUUGCAAGCUCUCAACCCUGUCAACGAUACACUACUCCUCAUUCCCGAGGUUGCGUCGAGUAUCUCGGCGUCCUCUGAUCCAAACGAACCUAUGGCGUAUAUUGCACCUACCCCGACCAUUGACGGUGAUUGGCGUUUGAUAUAUGUAUCCGAGACUGGGGACAACGGUGGAGAUCAGGAGCUACCCCAGCUACCUGGUAUUGCUCUUGAUAAUAUACGUCAGAGAGUGUGGCAAUCGAGUAGCAUGAGAUCAGCGGUCGUGAACGACUUGACUUCACCUCUAUCAGCCCGCAACACGGCCGAAGUGAGAUUUGGCCCUUUCGGAGUCCUGGAAAUAGCCGUGCAAGGCGUAUGGGAGAAUUUGGCGGACGGACAGAUGGCAUUAGUAUCAUUCGACACCUUCUCUGCACGACCACUUGAGGUUUUUGGGAACAAAAUUCUGAAUGAUUUGCCUCAAUUCGAUAUAGCUAUACCUCGCUCGUUGCAGCAGAGAGCUGAGUGGGGCGUACUUUAUGUAGACAAUCACAUUCGCAUCAACCGUGGGAGGCGCGGUCAACUGUUCCUCUUCUCUAGAGCUGAUUAGUCCUUCAAUCAACUUGAACAUGGUCUUAUUACGCAGCAAAGCCCUAAUGGGUACUAGAAAGUAGUUUAGUUCCAAAUUGUAUACUACAGCUAGGCAAUUAUUAAGAUAUCACAAUGAAACCGGUGUUUUCAAGCACUACAAUUUCUGUAACAUGAGCUCUCUCGGUUUCU